AUGAUCUUAAAUUGUAAUAAAACUAUUUUAAUAAUGCUCACUUAAUUAUUUUUAUUUUCAAUUUUAUACUCAGUUAUAUAAAAAUAUAUUUAUAUUUUUAGAUUUCCACAAGGACCAGCUGUUCUGCUUGUCAAGCAAGAAUUUUUCAGAAAAUGUCAGCUGCCAAAUGUAGUUGGGGCAGUCGACGGGACCCUUGUACCCAUUAUCAAACCUGCUGAGGCUGAAGAGGCCUAUGUGUGCAGGAAGGGGUUCCAUGCCAUUAAUGUACAGGCUGUCGUUGACGCCAACAUGAGGUUCACAGAUGUCGUGUCAAGAUGGCCUGGUGCGACUCAUGAUGCUGCGGUGUUUGAUAGCAGUGGCGUAAAGGAAUAUCUGAGCACCAAUGAUGUGGGUCAUCUGCUAGGGGAUAGCGGAUAUCCAUUAAGGACCUACCUCAUGACCCCUGUACCUCAUCCCUCCAAUGAUGGUGAGCAAGCCUACAACGACCAUUUAUGUAGAGGACGGAUAGUCGUAGAACGAGCAUUUUGUGUUUUGAAAUCACGAUUGAGAUGUCUGCAUCGCACUGGUGGAUGCUUGCCUUUCCAGCCUAAUAAGUGCUGCGAAAUUGCAACAGUUUGCAUGCGCCUGCACAACCAGUGCUUGGAAUUAAACGUCCCUCUGAUAGACGAAGAAGUUGGGGACGAGAUUGAGCAGGAGGUUCCAAACAAUGCACCAGUGCAGGGAGCAGCAGUCAACAAGAGGCAGCAGCUGAUUGAACUGUUUCGUUAAAUGUUAGUUCUUUUAUGCCCCCCCCCCCCUUCGAAGAAGAAGGGAUAUAUUGUGACGUGCUCUGAUACAUAGACAAAACAAGUCUUAAAAAUGUGUGUUAAUUAACAUCUGAUAAAGACAAAUCAAGUCUUAAAAAUGUGUGUUCAUUUACAUCUGAUAAAGACAAAACAAGUCUUAAAAAUGUGUGUUCAUUUACAUCUGAUAAAGACAAAACAAGUCUUAAAAAUGUGUGUUCAUUUACAUCUGAUAAAGACAAAACAAGUCUUAAAAAUGUGUGUUCAUUUAAAUCUGAUUAAGACAAAACAAGUCUUAAAAAUGUGUGUUCAUUUACAGCUGAUAAAGACAAAACAAGUCUAUACAAGGGACAAAAUUGUCACAAAACCAGGUUUUCAUUGUGAAAAAAAAUCUGAUAAAGGGAGAAAACUCAAACUGAACUUUUGAAAUGAACAAACAAAAUUAACCCCCUUUGUAAGUUUGUUUAAAAAAAAUAAAUCUUUUUUUAGUCGUGGCGACCUUGACAUUGGAGAUAUUGACAUGAUUCUUUCGUGCGACACACCGUCCCAGGAUGGUGAACAAAUGUGCCAAAUGAUUUUAAAAUCUCACAAUGAAUGACAUAGUUAUGGCCAGGACAAGCUCAUUUAUGGCCAUUUUUGACCUUUGAACUCAAAGUGUGACCUUGACCUUGGAGAUAUCGACGUAAUUAUUUUGCGCGACACACCUACCAAUGAUGGUGAACAAAUGUGCCAAAUGAUUUUAAAAUCUGACAAUGAACGACAUAGUUAUGGCCCGGACAAGCUUGUUCCGCCCGCCCGCCAGCCAGCCAGCCCGCAUUCGCCAAUCUAAUAACCAGUUUUUUCCUUCGGAAAAUCUGGUUAAAAAUGUGUGCUGAAUGAUUUCUCAGAGAAAAAGGGUUAAAUGCAUAUGCGUCAAGUGUCGUUCAAGAUUUCAAAUGGGCGCAAUAGGGGGCAAUGUGUUUCUGACAAACACAUCUCUUGUUAUACUUAUAAAAUUGAAAAUUUGUUAAAGUUUUGUGUUUAGGUUCUUUUUAUUCCUAGAGUAUCAAAGCUAUUGCUUUCAUACUUGCAACACUUACUAACUAUCAUAAGGGGACUGUGCAGGCAGUUAUGUAACUCUGACUAGCAUUUUGACAGAAUUAUGGCCCAUUAUAUACUUAGAUAAUAUAACUUUUUUCAGUUGAUAAUUAACCCUUUCAGUGCGGGAACCGAAUUUAAAAGGCCUUUGCAAACAGUUUGGAUCCAGAUGAGACGCUACAGAACGUGGCGUCUCAUAUGGAUCCAAACUGUUUGCUAUUCUGAUAGUAUUCUUUGAAAAAAAAUGAAGAAAAUGCUUAUUUUACAAAUUCAGCAGACGACAUUUUAGCAGACGACAAAUUUCCCAGCAUGCAAAGGGUUACUGUAAGUUUAUCCUAAAUCGUUGUGUUGCUUUAUAAAUGAUUUAUGUUUAACUCAUUAAAAUCUUUGUUGACGUGUACUUAUUGAUGGCAAAAAUGAUGACUUAUUUACACCACCCGCCAAUGUUGAACGUGUAAUACAUCUACAAGUUGUGAUCGAACAGUUCUUAAUCUCAAAGAUGUUGAAAAUCACACGUUUGUUUAGCGGGUUUCUCAAAAAAAAUUGAAUGGUGAUUAUACCAUCAUCAUGAAAAUCAAUAUGGCAUCAAAAUACUGUUUGUGUUUGGUAUUUUCAAUAUUAAAGGCUUGAUUGGUCUUUGUCGGCUAGGGUACUAUUUGCAUGUACCCCGGGUACUCUUAAGUUUCCAGAUGAUAACUCAAGAAUUCUUACGGCUAGGAUCAUUAAACUUAAAAGUUACAUUGAUCAUGACUGCCAGAUGACCCCUAUAGAUUUUUAGAUCACUAGGUCAAAGUUCAAGGUCACAGUGACUCGAAGCAGUAAAUUGUUUUCCAGAUGAUAACGCACAAAUGCUUAGGGUUAGGAAAGUUCAUGGGGACAUUGGUCAUGACCGACAGAUGACGCCUAUUGAUUUUCAGGACUCUAGGUCAAAGUUGAAGGUCACAGGUAUUAUAACGUAUUCACAAAAUAGGUAUGAAAAUCGUUUCAGAUCAAUAACUCGUCAAAGAAUUGACCGAUUGGCUUGAUACUGAACAUUUGCAUUGGCCUUGGUAUGAUGCUCUGUUAAAGGUUUUUAGCUACUGUUAUAAACUGUUAUAUAUAGUUUAAUCUCUAAUUUAACAAUGGAAUUUUUUAGUAUUUGUAUAGACAUUUUUAGCAUAAUAAUGUGUACGGUUUUUGAUAACAGUUCCAAUUACACUUGUAUUCAAUAAAUAAAACAGAAGAACAUUCA